AUACUGAAUAUAAAUGGGAUUUGCUUGCAAAAUCCGCUGGUAACAGCUAGUUUAUCAUAUUUUCACUUUGAAUAAGUUUUAAAUUAUUAAGUGAUAGUAGAUUAGCGUUUACGCAUCACCAGCUGCUAGCCAUGAUUUACCGUUAUCUGUCAACUUUUGCAAACACACGUUUUUAGUUUGAGAGUAUAAAGUCGCAAGAUGGAGGACGUCAUCCAUAUUCCUUCUUUUUUUAUAGAUUGAAAAUGAGCUUUUGUCAAAAAAUGAGCAGAAAAUUUCAUAAUUUAGUUGUAAUACAUCGUAUCCAGGUUGUAACUGGUGUUUUUUUAACCGAACUGGACUAUGUCUCAAAAUUUCGAGACCGAAAUCGGGUUGUUGUCCCUCCCACUUGAUGUCAUUUUCGACAUUUUGUCAUAUUUGGAUUUGAAAUCACUGGGAAGAUUAAGUUCUGUCUGUAAACGAUUAAAUCUGAUCGUUAAGAACGACUAUGUGUGGAUAGAGAGAAGUAAAAAUGCUGUUGUGACUAAUCAGAUAUCUCAAGAGAUUAAAAAGAGGUCAUUUAGGCAGCUUUCUGCAAAAGAAAAAUGCAGAAUAUCACAAAAUUGGAAAUGUGGCAAGCUGGCAGAAGAAUUUCUAUUAGUUCAUCGAACUCCGUAUAUGCCAUGGUUACAAUUGAAUAAUAAGUAUCUUUGGUAUAGUAAAGCCAAUACAAUUUUAUGCUAUGAAAGAACCAUCGAUGGAAACAUAGCAAAAUGGCCUAUUCAAACACUCAAAGGACAUAUAGAAGAUGUUUGUCGUUUUGUAUGCAGAGAAGGACUUAUUGUUAGUGGAGGAAGAGAUGGUGCAAUAUGUGGUUGGGAUGAAGAAAAUGGACAGUUUAUGUUUUAUUUAAGACGUUGCCAUAAUAGUGACAUUAAUAGUGUUGACAUAUGGAAUAAUAUUAUAGUGUCUGGUUCCAGAGACAAAAAUGUGAAAAUUUGGGUUCGCCAAAAUGGCAGUACAUCCUGUCAGCAUCUAUUACAAAUUAGAGAUCGAGUAUGGUCUGUGGCUAUUCCUCCCUGUGGCAGAUCUUUGUUGGUAGGUUCAGCAGGAUAUAAUGGCAUUCCUCCAUUACAACUGUAUGAUAUAGAAAUCGGUAGUCGAAUUUGUACUUUUGGAAAUGGCCAUAGAAAUGGAGCUGGAGUACUUCAUGUUUAUCCAGAAUCAUCAUAUGAAUUACUAUCUUGUGGUUAUGAUACAUGUGUGAGGAUGUGGGAUACUAGAUGUGGAACAGAAUGUGUUAUUCAAUGGGAAGAUCCACAUGAUUCUGCAGUUUAUUGUGUUGCUUCUGAUCAUCAUAUGACAGUACUUAGUGGAACUUCAAGACAUGGACUAGUUAGAUUAUGGGAUAAAAGAAUGAAUAAAUCUUUACAGAUGUAUUAUGUUGGUCGUGGAAACAGUCCAGUGUAUUCUGUAACAUUUGAUCCCAGUCACGCAUAUGUUGCCCUUGAUCGAUCUCUAAAUGUUCUUUCUUUUUCUGGUCAAACACACACUAACCAAACUUUUAGAUAUGCAUAUACAAAUGGAAUUACCACUUGACAACUAGUCAAUAUGCAGCCAUAAAAUAAAUUUUGUUGAUGUUUUAAAAUUUAUGGAUUUAAUAAAAAGAUUUUAAAUACAGUUUUGUGAGAAUUAUUAAUGAUUCUAAAAGAUGAAGUAAAUUAUAUGAGUGUUUUUAUUUACAUAUUCCAUCAAUAUUUUAAAUAAUCUUUUGAAAUUAAAAUAUAUGCUUAAAUAUAUUUUAUAAAUAUUUAAUAUUUUAUGAAGCCUUGAAUCAUUGUGAUUUAAAAAACAAACUCAUGUAUUUUAUGAAUUUAAUAAAUUUUUGCAAUAUCAUUAAAGUUGUAAAUUAAUGUGAGUUUUAUGAAUAUAAAGAGUGAACUCAAGGUGUUCACUGUAUGAAAUCAAGGUGUUCACUGUAUGAAAUCAAGGUGUAUGUAUGAAAUAUUAGAAGGUAUUACUAAUGUAUGAUAUUCAGUAAAGUUGUACAUUAAAAGUUAUUUUAAUAAACCUACGUAACAAUUUAUUAUAGGUUUACUAUUAAUAAAUUACACAAAAUCUUUUAUAUUAAAUUUGUAUACAAUUAACAAUUUUUCUGACUUUUAAAUGUGUUUAAGUGAAUUGUUUUGUUUCCAAUUAGUUACUCCUCAUCUAUUUAUUGCUAAAACAAUAACAGUUUUAUUGAAAAUUGUUGUGGCAUAAUUAGAAAUUUCAAAUGUUACAAUCUGUAUUCAGUAUCAUGAAAUUCAGUCAGAUUGGAGCUUAUGUGAUAGUGUUAGCCUACUGUCAUGUUUGAAUAUUGUCUAGAUUCCAAAAUUUUAGCAUGUUUGGUAUGGAUUAGGGUAUUCCUCCAUUCCUCUUCCAAAGUAGCAGCCUAAUGCUUUGAUGAACUAAGUUUAAUGUAGGAUAUUAUCCUCCCUAUUUGGCUGUAUCCAUUGUAGGCCUAACUAAACCAGGAGAAUACUCUAUAUGCAAAAAAAUGGCCAGACUUUCAAUGAUGAGAACCAGGACUUUCAUUAAAGAAAGUGCCAUCAUAUGUGGCAGGUCAGCUAAAUAGCCAAGACUACCAGUAUAAGUAAGAUCCAAUACUAGUGUUGGAGUGAUGAAGAACUAUGAGUCUGAAAUGCAUUUCUAAUACUAACGAGCAAUUAUUUAUUGUGACAUUGUCACAAUGCCGGGCUGCAAUUUUUAAUUUAUUUAAUUUCAAAUAUAUGCUCUCCACCUCAAAUUAGUAGGGUCUUGCCUCUGAAGAUCAUACUUUCCUUUAACAAUAGAGUAAUGCUGGUCAUCUAUUAACUGCUUUCAGGGGAAAAGUUUUGAAUUGAAAUAAUGAUUUUAUUAACGAGAUAGAGUGAUUAAAGUUGAGAUGGAUAAGGUUAGGAUCAGAUUACAAAGAGGGUGAUUAAAUUCAGUAGAUUUAAUUAUCGGAAUUCAGAUACGUGCUGUUAUAGGAAAGAAAGGGAAUUAGACUUCAGGAUGAGUUUAAAAAAUGGAAAUUUCAACUAUUUAGGAUCAUAUUUACAGGCAGGUUAACAAAUAGAAUAGGUAAAUAUAGAAUGGCAAGGCAAGAACUCAAGCAGUAUUAUUAGAAAUUGACAGUGAUAGCAAUGACAUGGCAUCUAAAAGAAAGACAUGUUACUGGUAUUUUAUAUACUAGCAGGUAAGCCCGGUGUUGCCCAGGUAAAAAAUA